GGGUGGGAGCGGUCCGGGGGAAAGCAUCGGAGAGUCCGAGCACAAGCGAGAGCAGAGAGCAUCAGCAAAGCCAGCCUCGGCUCUCCACGAACUCCACGGAGCCUCCUCGCGCCGCCGCUGGGAUCAUCACGCCGUUGCCCGAUCUGCUCGCGCGGAAACCUGUUGCUGUUGCUGUCUUCGGACGGACGCCGAAUCGGAGCGGCUAGGCAUCACAGUUUGGUCCGAGACCGAGAUCGGGAGGGGAAGCUGCCGUGGAAGGCCCUCCCCCGGCUAGCUCUACAGGUCUUCCGCUUACUUUCUGGAAGCCUCAGCGGACUGCGGUGUACGGCUGCCCGCGGCUGGGUCUGGGUCUGUUCUGGGCUCCACGUGGAUGCGCUGCGUCUCCGGAGCCGGUGCCGGUGCCGGAGGAGCAUACGACGAGGCUGUGGCUGCUGCUUCCGGUUGGGCGCGGGGCCCGGGCUGUCGUUCCACCUGCUGUGGCUCUGGGUGGGGAUCGGCGGCGGGGAGUGAGCCGUGAGCGGAUGGAAGAGGACUGCACUUACUGCUCUUGAAUCUUACUAUAUACAGCACCUGGAUUCCGGACCAGCGAGAGAGAGCUGGAGCCGAUUGGGCAGUUGGAUCGUGUUGAUUACCCGUCGCAGGCUUGCAGCUGCACAAAUCAGGAGUUGAUUCCGGCGUUUGGUGCGGUGGUGGUGUUGGCGCGCUCUGCGCCGGCUUCGGCCAAGGCGUUACCAAUUGGGAUAUGGUGGAUGAGAGGGAUCCGGGGUGCCUGUCAGGAGAUCUGGUUGAACUGCCGUGCUGGGAAUUCAGUCUCGUUGUACUUCUACUAGGUGUGGCACCAUGUCCAGGUGCUUCCCGUUCCCGCCGCCAGGGUUUGAAUCAAGGCCCAGGAGUGAGGAGCGCCGCAAGGAUUUGCUGAGAAAGGAAAAACACAAGGAGAAGAAGCACAGAAAGGCAAAGGACAGGGGAAAAGGAGAACCAAAAGAAAAGGGUAGAGAUUAUAGGAAAGAUAAGCACAACAGGAAACACAAAAGAGCGAAGCGUGGAGAGAGGAAAAAGAAUAAGGACAUAUAUAAAGACAGAAAUCAAACUUUGAGACAUAGAAAACCAAAAGAAAAUGGACAGCAAGAAUCACUCAAAGAUAUUAUACCAGCUGAUGAGUUGGUUACCCAAAUUUUUGGUCAAGGAGAUCAUACAGACCUCAAAUAUAACUAUACUGAGUUGCUUCCUUGGAGCACUGAUAGCAUUGGUUGUACAGGUUCUAAAGAGAAGGAAAGGAAUGGUAGAAUGAUUAAGAAAUCUGAGCAAGGAACAGAGGACAAUUACGGGAUGGUGCAAAAGGGUGAUAGUAUUGUUCAUGCCAAUAAAGAAGGAAUGGGCAGGGGUGUCGAUUCUAAAACUGAAAUAAAGAAUGGGAAGAGCCUUCAAGAUAGAUCAGCUGAAAUGCAUUCCAGAAGAAGGUACAGUUGUAAUGGAGUUGGUUUAUGCCAUGAUAAUUCAGAUACACAAAGAAGCUCUGAAGGUAUACAUACUGCAACUGGCAGAGUCGCACCUAACCCAAAUAUUUUUCAGAGAACGGAAGAAACAGGACAAUAUCCUAAUAUUUCUGUCCAUUCUGCAAACAUGAAAAAUGACAAAAGUAGCACAGAAAGUACGGGGGAGGAAAAUCAAGGUGCGAAUAAUUUCCGACACAAGAUGGAUUGGCAAUUUGCACGAGAUAAAGAUGGAGCAGUUCAAGGGAAAGAAAAAGGUAACUAUCGUAGAGGUCUUGAAGGCAAAGAUAGAGAUAGUGUUGUAAAGAAAAGAAAGACUGAAUGCAAAAAUAAAGAGAAAGAAGCGGAGAAAAAUGGCACUGUCAAUGAGGAUAAACAUGAAGAUCUUGGUGCACUUGGUGCGAGCAAGGACAAGGUCGAUAAUCUGGUGCGUUUGGACUGUCUUAAUGAGCAAAAGUUCGCUUCUGAUAUCAGGAAAAUGAAAGACUUUUACCCUAAUAGCUCUUCACAUGAAAACAGUAUGAGAACAAGUAAGCUGUCAAUGAUAUCUCUUUCCAAUCUUACUUGUGUGGACGGGAAAAUGUCACGGCAUCCUCAGCGGAUCAAAUAUCGUUAUUCUACAGAACUAAUUGGGUUGAAUACUUGUGAUAUAGGUCAGCAUGAGUGCCAACAUAGCUAUAACAAUGGCAUCACUGGCUCUCGUUAUUUAGAGGAGCAAAUGCCUUCAAUUUCCUCAUCUGGUUAUGAGAGUAACAAAGGUUAUCUGAAGCAACCUCACCCUGAUACCAAGUAUCUGAGCCAAGUGCACUGCAUACCUUCAACACUGGACUUCUCAGAGUACAUUGAUCAGGACUGGUUGUUUUCUGUGGGUCAUGUUAAGCAAACAGAGACACUUGAGGCUAUAGAAUCACACCAAGUUUGGACUGAUGCACAGCUAAUUGAUACUGCCGAUGUAAGUGCUAUGCCUUACGUUGUUCCUUUCUGAUGGCACUCACAGUGAUAUACACGGUGAGUUGGCUACUGCAACUUGAGUUAUGAUAUGAAGGGUCCAGGAGAUCGCCUGACUAGUUUACAACAUAACUACUGUGAUGCAUAUCAGGCUGUUUCACUCACUCAAGCAAUCUUUGUUGAACUGAGAGCAAACAUUUGGUGUCUGGCUGAAUAAAUGUUGGCUGUGUCCAAACUCGGCACUUUUGGUGUCUGCCUGGCGGUUCUCUUGUCUCUGAUGUAUCCAAUCAUUCUACUAACCAAUGCUCAAAAUGUUGUACUCCCUCUGUCCCUGAAUAAAUAGAUUCUUGGAUUGUCUUAGGUUAAAGUUUUUAAACUUUGACUAAAUUUGUAGAAAAGAAAAUCAAGA